AUGUCACUGGGUGGUACAACUACCGCUGAUUCACUCGGAUCCCACCUCGACACCGUGCAUGCCACCGUUGCACCGACCUCGGAACAUCAAGGAAAUGCACCAUCUCCCAGAAAACGUCAGAGGCGUUUCAAGGAUCAGGGCAAGUCAUCAAGCACCCCUACCGUUAGAAGAGGUCGCCGUGGUAAACUAGAGCUGAUGCCCACCAUGAAUUUGGACGUCCUAUAUCAUAUUCUGAGCUUUCUUCUUCCAAUGGACCUUCUCAAUCUCGCUCGGACAACAAAGGAUUUCAGGUUGUUGCUUAUGCACAAGUCUUCUUCUUUCAUCUGGAAAACGUCUCGUCUGCAAUUGGAGAGCUUACCAGACUGUCCUCCGGACUUGAGUGAACCUCAAUUUGCUAACCUAGCAUUCUAUCCUCAUUGUCAUAGUAGUGCAUACAGUCAUGUGGCGCUUUCGUGCGAGGUACUGCGCAGCAUGCAAGAAAACACGAUUGGCAAGUGUAUGCGAUCUUCCGCACGCUUUGAUAAGAGUGAUUGGCCUGCAUUUGCCUUUACCAAAUUACCUACCUUCUCAGGUACAACUUACCAUCAACCUGAGGUGGAAGGGCUAAGGAGUAGCAUCGAGAGCUUGCCUCCGAGUGAAAUCACCGCAUACGUCGAGCAGCGAUGGCAGGUCGCAUCUACUGUAGAACAGCAUGCAAGGGAAUGCGAGGACUGGUUCCAGUCAGUAUCCAUCAGUCGGAAAAAUGACCUUAGGAAUGCUAGGGAAGAGCGUAUGAAUGGCAUUCAAACGUGGCUAGUAGAACGAGGAUGGGAACCCGAACUAAACUAUUUUGGCUGGGACAUGAUUGCGCACCUUUCUGCUAUCAGAGAACCAAAGCCAUUAACUGCAAGAGUUCUUGCCAACAUCUCCGCGCCUCUUACUACUUGGAUGACGGAUUGGAGAGAUCUUCGCAUUGAACGGACGGUCUACUCUACCCGACGUCGUAUUCUGAUGGACGAAUACAGGCGUUUUCAUAUGCAGCCAUUUACUUUAGAUGAAUUCUGCGACAUCAUGCCUCAUGUGGCUGAUGUCUCUAACUUCCAGCCUUUCGACGAUGUAAUCCGUUUGCCUGCCGACGUUACGGUUACCGCUGAAAGUUUCAAUGCAGCGUUUGCCCAGCUGCCGAUCUUGGUGUCCGCUUGGCGACGGAGAAUCGAAGCGGAGCUCGUGGAGCACUGUUUACCCCCACGCCCUUCUGCAAUAGGAAACAUAACAGCGGACCAUUUGACACCAGCAUCACGACUCAGACUCGCCAGCACCGUCUUCGUUCGCACAGAUGAAUAUUCCAGACACUGUGCCACGAUGGUAUAUCCCGACGUGCUAGCAGACAAGUGUUUCAACCGAUUACCUGAGACUCCUGACCUCCCCGAUGCCGUGUACGAAAUGCACGAGACCCUCAAUGGCACUCCCUGGUCAGUGAAGAUGGAUGACGGUGUUCCCUCGAUCAAGCUAUUCGAACCGGCCGCAGAUAUAAUUCGCGCGUGUGGGAUGAAUCCAGACACUGCGACAGUCAGUGACAUGAACUUACUAGAUGCAAGGGUAAAAUGUGUACCUUGCUCUAUGAAGGGAGGGUACUCCGCCAUGACAUGGCACGCAGCCAUUGACCACGCCGCCAAUUGCCACCACUCAGAUACCAAAGGAGCGAAACCAUUACAGUUUGCUCGGAUUGACAGUGCACCCUGCAGUACAAUGAUACUGAAGGAAGAAGAAUCUUUGCCAGCGGAGCAUUGCGGACGCCUCUUCUAUCUCGGUCGUUUUGACGGAGUAUUCUUGUGA